AUGGGUCGCGCCACCCACAUCCCGCGCCAGCUCACGCGCGCGUUCCGCGUAUCCGCGGCCGCGCGCGCCACCCCCAUGGCGCCGCUGGAGCCGCACAAUCACCUAGAGCCGGUGUACGCGGCCAUCGACGAUCGCCUGACCACAGUGCGCAGCAAGCUCAACCGCCCGCUCUGCCUCGCAGAGAAGGUCCUGUACGGACACCUGGACGACCCCGAGCAGGUCCCCGUGCGCGGCGAGACCUUCCUCAAGCUCCGCCCCGAGCGCGUCGCGCUCCAGGAUGCCACGGCACAGAUGGCCGUCAUUCAGUUCAUGGCAUCCGCCCGCCCGCAGGUCGCCGUCCCGUCCACCAUCCAUUGCGACCAUCUCAUCGCCGCCGAGGUGGGUGCAGUGGCCGAUCUGGUGAAGGCGAAGGACCAGAACAAAGAGGUCUUCGACUUUCUCGCCUCCGCAGCCGCCAAGUACGGCCUGGGCUUCUGGAAGCCCGGGUCUGGUAUCAUUCAUCAGAUUGUUCUUGAGAAUUACGCCUUUCCGGGUCUCUUGAUGAUCGGUACGGAUUCGCACACUCCUAAUGCUGGCGGCCUCGGUGCUUGCGCUGUGGGUGUCGGAGGCGCCGAUGCUGUCGAUGUAAUGGUCGGCUUGCCGUGGGAGGUCAAGGCUCCCAAUGUUAUCGGCGUCAAGUUGACUGGCAGGCUGCAGGAGUGGGCCUCUCCGAAGGAUGUUAUUCUCAAGGUUGCUGGUAUUCUCACUGUCAAGGGAGGCACAGGCGCGAUAGUUGAGUACUUUGGUGAUGGCGUGGAUUCUCUCAGUUGCACUGGAAUGGGCACCAUUUGCAACAUGGGCGCCGAGAUCGGCGCGACUACAUCUAUGUUCCCAUACAACGACCGCAUGGGUGAUUAUCUAAAGUCCACCGGUCGUGAGGGUGUAGCCAGUCUUGCCGAUUCCUUCUCAGAGCACUUGCGCGCUGACGAGAACGCCGUAUACGACCAGCUCAUUGAGAUUAAUCUCUCCGAGUUAGAGCCGCAUGUCAACGGGCCAUUCACCCCCGAUCUUGCGCAUCCGCUCUCCAAGUUCAAGGAGGAGGUUGUCAAGAACGGCUGGCCGACUGAGCUUUCUGCAGGUCUCAUCGGGUCCUGCACUAACUCUUCGUACGAAGACAUGUCUCGAGCUGCUUCCAUUGUCGACCAGGCCCUGUCCCAUGGGUUGAAGACAAAGUCUAUUUUCAAUAUCACACCCGGAUCAGAGCAAGUACGCGCAACAAUUGCGCGUGACGGAAUUUUGAAUACCUUCACAGAGGCUGGCGGGACAGUGUUGGCAAACGCUUGUGGGCCCUGCAUCGGUCAGUGGAACAGAUCGGACGUUCCGAAGGGCACGCCCAAUUCUAUCAUUACCUCGUUCAAUCGCAACUUCUCGCAGCGUAAUGACGGAAACCCCAAGACCCACGCGUUUGUUGCGUCGCCAGAAAUUGUGACCGCCAUGUCCAUUGCUGGAUCACUCGAGUUUAACCCGACAGUCGACACCCUCAAGGGCCCGGACGGCGUGGAAUUCAAGUUGCAUCCGCCUAGCGGUGAUGAACUCCCCUCCAAAGGCUUCGAUCCUGGGGAGGACACCUUCCAACCUCCGGUCGAGGAUGGAAGCGGUGUGGAUGUCUCCAUCGCGGAAGACUCUCAGCGACUUGCGCUUCUCGAGCCUUUUACUGCAUGGGAUGGAAAGGACUAUGAAAACCUGCCAAUCCUCAUCAAGGCCAGGGGAAAAUGCACAACUGACCACAUUUCAAUGGCGGGGCCAUGGCUCAAAUAUCGUGGCCAUCUUGAUAACAUCUCUAACAAUAUGCUAAUUGGAGCUGUGAAUGACCACAAUGGCGAGAUCAACAGCGUCAGGCAUGUCGUGACUGGAGACUAUGCCGGUGUGCCAGACACAGCUCGUGCGUACAAGGCCGAAGGCUUGCAAUGGGUCGUCAUCGGAGACGAGAACUAUGGGGAAGGGUCGAGCCGCGAGCACGCCGCUCUGGAACCCCGCCACCUCGGUGGUGUUGCUGUGAUCGUCAAGUCGUUUGCGCGUAUUCAUGAGACCAACCUGAAGAAGCAAGGCAUGCUUCCCCUCACUUUCGCCGAUACUGCCGACUAUGAUAAGAUCAGCCCAGAGGACCGGAUAUCGCUUGUAGACCUUGCCAACCUUACGCCCGGCAAGCCAGUAACUAUGAAAGUUACAAAACAGGACGGAGUAGUUGUAGAAGUGACUCUGAACCACACAUUCAACGACGAGCAAUUGGAAUGGUUCAAGGCGGGGUCGGCAUUGAAUAAGAUUAAGAAAGAUCUUGGGGCGUAAUAUUGGAUUGGGCUUUACCACUUUUGUUUCCUUCCGCGAGGGAAGUAAAGAUUCACACGUUUUUACA